AUGAAGAAACAAUUCUACAGGGUAAAACAACUCGCCGACCAAACAUUUUCUAGGUCUGGCAAAGGUGAGGUUUUGCCAGAUGAACUUCAAACUGCCGAUAGAAAGGUGGAACAUCUCAGAAAUGCUCUUCAGUUGGUCAGCAAAAGAUUGUCAACAGGAGCUGGAAAUACACAAGGGCAGGACCCUGCAGCUCGGGAGAAAAGGCUGAAGAAACUACCAGAAUAUUUACUGGGCUUGUCAAUGUGUGAAGCUAGUAAUUAUGAUGAUGAUGAUAGCAUUCUCAAAUAUAUUUUGCAUGAGUGUGGUAAAACAGAGAAGUUCUUAGCAAAUGAGAUAGCUGAGCAUGAAUUAAAAGUGGAACAGUUAGUCUGCGCGCCUUUAACAGCAAUAAGCGAAACAGACUUGCCAGCUAUCAUGAAGGCUAAAAAACACCUCAGUAGGCUUAUGAGCGAGAAAGAAUCAGCUGCUAGCAGAUACAAUCAUUUGGAGCGUCAAAAGGAGGAGAAUCCGACCAAACUAAGUGCUGCUCGUGAAGAGUAUGAAGAUGCCGGUAAUAAGGUGGAAGCCGCUAGAGACGCCCUUGCAGCUGAUAUGUUCGCGCUGGUCGCGAAAGAAGCGCAGCUAGCACACACGCUUCUGCAGUAUGUUAAAUUGCAGAGGGCCUAUCACGAAUCAGCUCUUCAUUCGCUACAAGACACAGUCCCAGAACUCGAGAGGUUUAUAAAUGACAGUUCAGUGAAGCCAGUGUUUGGUUAUCCGUUGGAAGAACAUUUGCGUGUUACGGGGCGAACCAUAGCUUUUCCCAUAGAACUGUGUGUUUGCACGUUACACGAGCUGGCAUUGAAUGAGGAAGGAUUGUUUAGGAUCGCUGGUGGUUCUUCGAAAGUAAGAAGGAUGAAGCUAUCCCUGGAUGCUGGUUUGUUCAAUGUGCCCCUACCUUCUGACUACAAAGAUAUGCACGUCGUAGCGUCGGUGCUCAAAUCUUACCUCCGAGAAUUACCAGAGCCACUAUUAACCUUUAGAUUAUACGAGAACUUCAUCCUGGCCUCCCGGCAGCCCACUGAACAAGCUCGACUCAACGCCCUAUGGGAAACCAUACAUCUACUCCCUGAGGCUAACUUCCGAAACCUUCGAUAUCUCAUAAAAUUUCUGUCUGCCUUGACACAAAAUCAAAGCACAAACAAGAUGACUCCGUCUAAUUUGGCUAUCGUGAUUGCGCCUAAUCUCCUCUGGGCGGUAGACGAAAGCACCUUCGAUAUGAACAUUACAACGGCCGUCAAUUGCGUAGUAGAACUUCUAAUCAAGCACGCUGACUGGUUCUUCAUUGAUGAAAUCAAUUUUUUCGUAAGCUUCACCAAAGAACACCUACUACCCGAUCAGUAUUCCGACCAAGAUUAUGGUUUUACUUCCACCUUCGGACAGGGAUUUAAUCAAACGGCCGCGUUAAACCAGGAACACAGCAACGGAGAUUACAAUAGCAUGAGUAAAUCUCUGUUCGAUUAUAACCAUCAAGUCCCAAAGACCUCGUCAGAUGGCCCCGGCCGGCACUCGCGAAGCAAUAGUCACGACACUAGUUUAAUUUUAGUAGAAAACGAUAUAAAGAAAGCACAAUCCAACAGUUCGCUAUCCGACCAGUCUAGUCCGCCGCACGGCAGUCCCAAACCAAUAAUGAGGCGGAAAAACAAACCGCUGGCACCUGUUCCUCCUAACUUUACGCCAGAUAAGAAAAAAGUCGAAGCACAAACUCAAGCGACAGAAGUAAAAGACCAAAACCCCGUUAAGGAGACAGAGAAACCCGCGAAACCACCGCGGCCUGUUAUUUCCGAGACUGGCAAAGUUAUAACGGGUGUCCAAACUAUUAACAGAUCCACGUACAGGCAGAACAAAGCUCUCAAAGAGGAAGCCCGCAGCGGGAGCAGGGAAAACUUAACGGAUGCCCGACGGCAAAGUUUUGAAUUCGAGAAAGACAAAUUUGACUUCAAAAACGAUAAAGAUGGAACGCUAGUUGUGAAAAGCGUAACAGCUCAAACCGGGGUAGUUGGGAGGAUGAAGAUUGUCGGAGAUAUAAGUGGGCCGGCGUCCCUCGGAGCGGAGAAAGAGAAACCGGUCCGAAUACAGAUUCCAAAGCCAACCGGUCAGCCACCACCCCGGCCGGUAGCAGCACCAAGGACGAUUGUUCCCGCUCCGGAAACGGAUGAAGUACAGUUACGUCACAAGCCAGCUGUCCCCGAACGACCGGCGACGCUGCGCCCGCAAAGCUUCCGCGGUCAAAGAUCCUCUCUAGCCGACGGCAAUGACGUCACACCUACAGUAUUAGAGCGGACUCACAUUUACACAGUUGAUAAACAACAUCCGACAGUAAUACAAGUAGGGGGGAACGAGGAAGAACCGCGGGCGACUGUGCAACGAACGCAUAGUUCUGGAGGAAAAGACGCCGAAUUGGAUGAACCAAAGUUAACGAACGCUAGUAGACAGCUCUCGCAGUCGGAUGGAAAUAUCACCGAUGGUCCCAAAUCUCCUCGAAGCCAGCCGUCCAGACCCCCCCGGCCGUUGGUCCCGGCGCCGCCGCCCCCAGUAGCUCAGCCUCAAAACGAGAGCACCGACCUCUAG